CACCCUGUUCAUUUGCAUAUCAAUACCCAGCAUUCCCGUCAGUGACAAACUCACCUUGUUACUUGUUCUCUGUGUCAGUGGGAUCCUCGGGGGCUGUCACUGAGCUGUGCCCCCUCUCUGGUAGUGUCUGGUACAUAUCCUUCCAGCCCUCAGACCCCAUUUGUACCCUCCAUCCUGGACUCUCUGUAUGUGCGUGUGGGGCCCCUCAGACUUAGGGCCACAUUUACUGGUUAUUCUGCUGUUUCAAGUCAUUGUACUGAGGUCCCUGCUCUGAGCUCUAAAUCACUAACUCUCUUAUUGUGUUUGGUUUGAGCUUCCUGCAUGGGGUCACAGGUCAUGACACACCCUGGGGCAAUUAUUGGCAGAACCCAGGGUAGAAUUUAGGGUACAUGGGACUCUCCCCAGCUGCAGCAAAGGGGGAUCCAUCUGUUCAAGCUGAUUGUGGCCAGUAGUCUGGGACACUUGGGCAACGCAGCCUGUGCCUUCAGGUUGGACUUCAGGUUGGACUUGGAAGGAGGAUUCAAUAUCAUCACUCACAGGGACAAGGAUUCUCGACCAGAAACCCCACACGUUGGACAUGGGGAAGGAUUACUACAAGAUUUUGGGGCUCACCUCUGGUGCCAACGAGGAUGAGAUCAAGAAGGCGUAUCGCAAGAUGGCGCUGAAAUACCAUCCAGACAAGAACAAAGAUGCCAACGCGGAGGACAAGUUUAAGGAGAUCGCCGAGGCCUAUGAUGUUCUGAGCGACCCCAAGAAAAGGGCUGUGUACGACCAGUAUGGGGAGGAAGGACUAAAGACAGGAGGUGGAUCUUCUGGUAAUACCGGCAGCUCUUUCCACUACACUUUCCAUGGCGACCCUCACGCCACAUUCGCAUCUUUCUUUGGCGGAGCCAAUCCCUUCGAUAUCUUUUUUGGCUCCGGCCGUUCCCGGAUGUCGAACGGGUUUGACCACGAAGACAUGGACAUCGAUGAAGAUGAGGACGACGUGUUUGGGGGAUUCAGCCGGUUUGGUUUCGGUGGUGUCAAUGGGUUUCACAAGCGGCACCAGGAUCAGCUGCAUUCUCGGCGUAAAGUGCAGGACCCCCCUGUGGUGCACGAGCUAAAAGUGUCCUUGGAGGAGAUCUAUCACGGCUGCAACAAACGCAUGAAGAUUACGAGGCGGCGGUUAAACCCUGACGGCCGCACGGUGAGAACUGAGGACAAGAUCCUUAAUGUGGUUAUUAAGAAGGGCUGGAAGGAGGGGACCAAGAUCACCUUCCCAAAGGAGGGAGACGCCACUUCAGAGAACAUCCCAGCAGACAUUGUGUUCCUACUCAAGGACAAGCCUCACGGGCUCUUCAAGCGGGACGGCUCCAACAUCGUGUACUCGGCCAAGAUCACAUUGAAAGAGGCUCUGUGCGGCUGCACCAUAAACAUUCCCACCAUCGACGGGCGCGUCAUCCCCCUGCCUUGUAGUGAUGUCAUCAAGCCUGGUGCUGUGAAACGACUGCGGGGCGAGGGGCUGCCCUUCCCCAAAGUGCCCAAUCAGAGGGGGGACCUUAUCGUAGAGUUUCAAGUGCGCUUCCCCGACAGAAUACCUCAGCCCACCCGGGAACUCCUCAAACAGCACCUGCCCGGUUCCUAGUGGCUAUGGGGGUCCCUGUGGGCAAAGCAAUACGUUACUGACCGGUGCCAAGUCCUCAUGCUGAAACUCUCUCCACUCACGGAGCCAAAACCUCUGGUUUGUUUGUACUGCUGUCUGCCUUCUCCGACCUUCACUCUAUGCAGAAGUCCUCUCCACCCGGGACAAUGGAACAAGAACGUUGUCCUCAAACGUGACCCUGUAACUGUGGAACUGGAAUGAUAUUUCUGAAAGUACCGGAACGUUACCCUUGAGAUGUUGUAAGUGGAACUGGAACGAUAACCUUGAGAUGUUGGAACUGGAACGUUACCCUUGAGAUGUUAGAACUGGAACGUUACCCUUGAGAUGUUGGAACUGGAACGUUACCCUUGAGAUGUUGGAACCCGAACUUUACCCUUGAGAUGUUGGAGCUGGAACGUUACCCUUGAGAUUUUGCAACUGGAACGCUAUCCUUGAGAUGUUGGAACUGGAACGUUACCCUUGAAACACCGGUUCCGGGACUUUAUUCCUGGUGUGUCCCAUGCGUUACCUCUGUCGGAGCCAAACAGGUCACUUCUCAACAUCACAACUGCCUAUAACUCAAGGAUUUGGACAGGUCCCUCUGACAAAAACAGACAAUUUUAAUGAUUUUUAAUUGUGACACAGACUUAAUGUAAAUGUUAGAAUUUUUCUUUUUUAAAAGCAGUUUGUAAAUAUAAUUUAAAUUUGGCCGGAAAUUUUACCAUUUCUACUGACUGAGCCGAAAUAAAAGAGAAAGGAUCCUA